UUAUGUCGCCAGCCAAACCAAGACUGAGUCUUGAAUAAAAGAUUAAUAUUUCAGGUGUACAGUCCUAAGUAACAGUGACAUCAUAUGACAAUAUCCAUACAGCUAAGAAGAUGCUUAUCAUUUUUCUGUUAAUGGCCCUAUCUCUCCCUUUUCUUUUUUUCUCCUUUUAUUAUUCAUUAAACCCUUUCCCAUAAAACCUUGACUUGACAUUCCCUUCUUCUUCUUCUUCUUCUUCUUUUUUUUUUUAUAAAAAAUUUUCUAAUUUUUCUGCAUUCUUAUCCUCACUUAUUUCUUUGGUACAUCAUUGCUACUGCAUUAGUCUUUUCCUUUUAGUUAAGGCCCCUGCCAAUUAAAUGCACAUGCAUUAUCUUUUUCCUCUUUUAUGCAUUCUUUGAAAAUCUGUAAAUAUAUUUGUUUUGUUUUAUAAUAAUAACUCAUAUUUCAUAGACAACUCUCCAAAUUGUACUUUUUUUUUUUAAUGUGUAUAUAUAUUAAUAAAAAUUUUCAUUCAGAAAAUAUUAUUUUAAAAGAGGAGAGUCAACAAAUGGAUACAAGUAUAAGCAUAUAAGGGAGAGGGAAUAGGCCAGGUAAGCAAAAUGGAGGAGAAAGGAAAUGGACCUUGUGUUUGCUGUGCUGUGGAUGUGUAUACUUAACAUAUAUAUACAUAUGAUAGAUUUCUUUGCUUAUAUUUCUCCCCCUUUCUUUGACAGUCUGUCAUCUCCUUCUAUCUCUCUCCUCUUCUUAUAUAUAUAUACAUGUAUAUAUAUGAUUUCUAUAAUCAUCUUCAUUCAACAUUUUCUUCUUCUUCUUUCCAUAUCCUUAACAAAAUUUCUUUUUUUAACUAGAGCCAGAGAGAUAGAGUGGCAACAUGAGUCUCUUUGGCAUCGGUAGCAGAAACCAGAAGACAUUUCGGCCUAAGAAAAAUGCUCCAUCUGGCAGCAAGGGUGCUCAACUUCAAAAACAUAUUGAUGCUACCUUGGGUAGUGGCAACCUAAGAGAAGCAGUUAGACUGCCCCCUGGAGAAGAUGUCAAUGAGUGGUUGGCUGUUAACACUGUGGACUUCUUCAAUCAAGUGAACAUUUUAUAUGGAACUCUUACUGAAUUUUGCACGGCAUCGAACUGUCCAACAAUGACUGCAGGACCAAAAUACGAGUAUAGAUGGGCUGAUGGAGUUACCAUUAAGAAGCCAAUUGAGGUGUCUGCACCAAAAUACGUCGAGUUUUUGAUGGACUGGAUCGAAACUCAGCUAGAUGAUGAAAUGAUUUUCCCUCAGAAGUUGGGGGCACCUUUUCCACCAAAUUUUCGAGAUGUUGUCAGGACAAUCUUUAAGCGGAUGUUUCGUGUUUAUGCUCACAUCUACCAUGAGCAUUUUCAGAAGAUUGUGAGUUUGAGGGAAGAAGCUCAUCUAAAUACUUGCUUUAAGCAUUUUGUGCUGUUUACCUGGUUACUCUGUAAUGGUGCAGGAGUUCCGCUUGAUUGAUAGAGGGGAGCUGGCACCUCUACAAGACCUUGUUGACUCGAUUCUGCAGUUAUAAUGCCUUGUGGAUAUCUUUCAAGUUUUUAGCUUUUAGUUUGAAUGUUUUGGGGACCCAAUUUUGCGAGCUUCCUUUUAUCCAUGUAAUUUGUUCCCCUCCAUUAAUAGAGAAAUGACUUGUUAUGCUCACAAAUUAGAAAAGAUUUUGGCUCCAAUUGCAAUGAAAUCUGGCAGCAAUUCUGGCGUUGCGUUUUGGUUAAGAA